AUGUCAGAAGGUUCAGAAAAGGAAGACACUUCAGACAGAACAAUCAGUGAUGAUGAUGAUGAGGAUGAGGAUUCAUUCAUAAAAUUUUUUGAUGAAGAUAUUCGUGAGUGUACACUGCUAACAGACGCUCUUGGCGACCCGUUCUUCCCUCGGACCACCCAGAUUCUCUUGGAGUAUCAGCUAGGACGAUGGGUGCCACGCCUUCGAGAGCCUCGAGAUUUAUACGGUGUCUCUUCUUCUGGCCCAUUGAGUCCCACACGGUGGCCCUACCACUGUGAGGUCAUCAAUGAAAAAGUCCACCAUAUUGAUUGGACUCCUUUUUUUCCUGAGCCAGUGUACAUCCCCACAGGCCUGGAAAUUGAACCUACCUAUUCAAACUCCAAGGAGAAUACAGUAGUUUAUCUGGCAGAAGAUACUUACAAAGAACCCUGUUUUGUAUAUUUCCGAGUUGGCGGUAAUCGAACAGCCUUGAAGCAGCCUGCGGAUAAUUGUGACAACACCUUGAUAUUUGAAGCAAGGUUUGAAAGCGGGAAUCUACAGAAGGUAGUCAAAGUGGCGGAGUAUGAAUACCAGCUGACGCUGCGCCCGGACCUCUUCACCAAUAAACACACGCAGUGGUUCUAUUUCCAAGUCACCAACACCCAGGCCGCCACGCCCUACAGAUUCACCAUCGUCAACUUCACCAAGCCGGCCAGCCUUUACAACCGGGGCAUGCGCCCCCUGUUCUACUCGGAAAAGGAGGCCCAGAGCCACCACAUCGGCUGGCAGCGGACCGGGGACCAGAUCAAGUACUACAAAAACAACCUGGGCCAGGAGGGCCGCCCGUUCUUCUCGCUCACGUGGACCUGUCAGUUUCCCCACAGCCAGGACACCUGCUACUUCGCCCACUGCUACCCGUACACCUACAGCAACCUGCAGGACUACCUGUCGGCCGUGAACAGCGACCCGGUGCGCUCCCAGUUCUGCAAGAUCCGCGUGCUGUGCCACACGCUGGCGCGCAACAUGGUGUACGUGCUCACCAUCACCUCUCCCCUGAAGAACCCCAACUCCAGCAAGCGCCAGGCCGUGAUCCUGACCGCCAGGGUCCACCCCGGCGAGACCAACAGCUCCUGGAUGAUGAAAGGCUUCCUCGAUUACCUUCUGGGAGACUCGAGCGACGCGCAGCUCCUGCGGGACACCUUCAUCUUCAAGGUGGUCCCCAUGCUCAACCCGGACGGGGUGAUCGUGGGGAACUACCGAUGCUCCUUAUCCGGACGGGACUUGAACCGCAACUAUACGUCCUUGGUGAAGGAAUCUUUCCCUGCUGUGUGGUACACGCGGAACAUGAUCCACAGGUUGAUGGAGAAGCGAGAGGUGAUUUUGUACUGUGAUCUCCAUGGCCACAGCAGGAAGGAGAACAUCUUCAUGUAUGGCUGCACUGGCAGUGACCAGUCAAAAACGAAAUCCUUAUACUUACAGCAACGGAUCUUCCCACUGAUGCUGAGCAAGAACUGCCCAGAUAAAUUUUCAUUCCCAGCUUGCAAGUUUAAAGUGCAGAAGAGCAAAGAAGGAACAGGAAGGGUUGUGAUGUGGAAAAUGGGAAUCAGGAACAGCUUUACCAUGGAGGCCACCUUUUGUGGAUCUACUCUGGGUAAUAAACGGGGCACUCAUUUCAGCACCCGAGACUUGGAGUCGAUAGGCUAUCAUUUUUGUGACUCUCUCUUGGACUACUGUGAUCCUGACCGGAGUAAGUACUAUCAGUGUCUGAAAGAAUUAGAGGAAAUGGAGAAGCAUAUAAGCUUGGAAAAAGGCCCUGAAGAUUCAGAUACUUCUGUCAUAGAAAAUUCCUUGGAUCUAGAGUCUAGUAGCCGAGGUUCAGACAGUUCUGACUCCAAUGAUUGUGAAACUUACCUUCUCCAGCUAACUUCACAGAAAAAACAUCUGAAAACAAAGAAGGAAAGGAACACUGCGAUGGCAAGCUGCCAAAAUGCCACAAAAGAGGUUUAUGGAGAAGAAAACAAGCAUCAGAGACGGGGAGAAGCCGCCUCUGACAAAAAAGAUGCAAGGUUAGAUGACUGUAUUAUUAAUUUUUUCAGAAGACCAUUGCCUAAUCAAAGUUUGGAUGCGCAUCACAACUCCAAAAGCGAAGUAAAAGAAUGUACAGCUUCCCAAAGCAAAAAGACUGGCAUGAAUUGGACAGAUGACGAAAAAACAAUCUACAGGGAUAAAAAAAUAGCUCAAACUACAGAAAUAUUGGAAUAUUUGCUCCCUAUCAUGGAAAGCCCUAGACAAAUAGAAAAAACUCAGAUAAAAAAUCUAUUCAACCCCAAAACCAACUUCAAGAUCCAACAUCAAAUAAAUCCAGCUACUUGCCCAGAUCUAAAAGGCUCUAGAAAAUCAUGCACAGGACUCAGAAAUUCCCCUUUUGUAACGCAAAAAACAAUUGCAACCAGUGACUCCGAAUGGUUCCAGUCUGCAUCCCAGCGGUCCCUGGAAGAUUUGUCACCCCCCAAAGACCCAAAAGAGAGGAAAAAGCACUCCCCAGCCUGGGCCACAAAAACCAAAGAUGUGAAACCUUUCAGCAACAAAUCGGAGACGGCCCUGGCAACUUCGGAAACAGAUGCAGAGCUUGUCAAUAGUGACAGUCUUAGACUGCAGAGUCAAACCAGCACAGCUUUCAGCAUCUACCCAAACAUGAGGAGAAGCUGCAGCAGAGCAUCGCAGCGCUCAACCUCCACCUGA